AUGUCUGAUUCAUACUCUCUAUCAAACACAAGUCAAGUUGAAUAUGAGGAUGCUGAAUAUGGGAUUCCUACAGUUUGUUACUGUGGUGAAAGGCCAAGGCUUGAACCUUCUUUUACAAGGACAAACCCAGGAAGGCUCUUCUACACAUGUCAAAAUAGAGAUGAUGGAGAAUGUCAUAUUUGGAAAUGGUGGGAUGUAGCUAUGAUGGAAGAACUAAGGGCACUGAAGCAAGAAACUUAUGGCUGUCCUAGUUUGAAACGAAUGCGUGAAAUAAUUCAGGUCCAAAGAGACAAGAUUGCUCACCUCUAUGAUAUCCAAUCAAAAAAUCAGAUGGAGUUGGAAAGCCUUAAGGUAUUGAUUGCAAAUAAAAGAGAUGGAAUAGCUAUGGAGUUGAAGAAUGUGUUUGUUGCGGCUUUUGUUUUGCUUGCAAUGAUAAUCUAUUUGUUUUAG